GAGCUUUAGACCGUCAGUCCCCUAACAGCCGCCAUAUCGGACGGUUGCAGUCUCUAUUUCCUCAUCGUAUUCACCUAUGCGAUCGAUCUCUGAACGCCUGCUGUUGUUCUUGUUCCACGCUGGCCAACACCCUCCCUCACUCCCUUAACGGACGUUGGCUCUUACGCUCACUUACACCUACCUCGGCUACACCCAAACAGAGGAAAGAAAUAGCCGUGCAUUUCGUUGCUGGUUUGACAUUUUCUCCACCGACGAACGACCGUACUUCGAUCGGAUGAAAAUCGUACUGAAAUACGGGGCGAACAUCACUGAUGAGUGCGUAGAGAAACUGUGACGCGUUGACACAAGUUUGUCGAGCGACUGGGACUUUGUGGCUGGAUGUGCUAUGCUGUCGUGUUGUGUACGGUGACAACGGUGCGAAAAAGAAAUUGUUGGACGACCAGUAGAAACCGCCCUGUUUGACGGUAAGGAUUGAUCGCCGUUUCUUCUUCAUCCCUCCCAGCUCAACACUACACACGCAACAUUGACAAGCAAGACGCCGGUUGACAGUCCUCGACGGCACUCUGGGUAUCUGUGUGAGUGUGUGUCUCUGUGUGUGAGUGUGUAUGUGUGUGAUUGUGCGUCUGUGUGUGUGUGUUUCUGUAGCGUGUGUUGGCUUUGGCAAGCCGUGAUUAGUUCCUGAUCAUCGCGCCCCCCCCCCCCCUCCCCCCACUCAAGAUCUCGAUUUACCAAAAUCACGUUGCUGCCGACCAACACCUUGCCCCGUCUGACAUCAAACCUUAAAGGGAUUACUACUCGACCCGGUCAAAGAACACUUUGACAAAGGUAAUGCUGUGCCAAGGUAGUACCCGUUGUCAGAAUCCUGCCGGUCCGGGAUUAUGGCGCCGGUAGAAGACGUGGUACCAGAAUGGCUCGGGUCCGAAGGCGCAUGGCUUUCGGCUUCACCCGAUGUUGCCACGAUUUCAUGCCCGCGUGCUGUUCUUGCCGUCAAUUCAGUGAAAAAAUCAAGGAACCAUCGGAUGCUGGUGAAGCCGAAGAUGGCAGGUCAAUUUUCCUCUCUUCCGAUGCUUCCAAUAGCUACCAGUGCAAAAUUAAGUCUGGCGGGCUGUGGCGGCAUCGAUUUGUCUCGUCUAUUUUACCACAAACCACCAACGAUGGCUACCAGCAAUCGCUAGGGAAGCCUACACUACGACCCACGAUCUCUCAACGCUCCCACCUUAUGUCCAACAUCUCAUCCCACCACACUGCUGUAUUCAUCGUCGUCGUUCUUCUCCACUCGCUAUUCACCUCAGGAUUAAGUAACCCACAGGACGCUGAACAUUUGACGGCGAUGGUAGGCGACUCGAUCAUCUUCAACUGCCACAUCGAGUUUCCAGAGGCCCAUCCCGUUCCUUAUGUCAUUCAGUGGGAGAAAAAGGGGGUGGAGAUACCUAUCUUCAUUUGGUACGAAAAUUAUCUGCAUACGGGCGAAGGUUACGAAGGUCGUGUGUCUCGGGUGGCUCAACAAGGUUCACUUGAAAGUUCCUCCCAUUACGGCCUAGCUUCGCUCAACCUGACACGGAUUCGUGAAUCUGAUCAAGGCUGGUACUCGUGUUUGGUCAACUUUCUCAACCGUUCGCCUCGCCAGGACAAGAAUGGCACUCUCUUCCAUCUCAACGUUCACGCACCGCCAAGAUUUACUAUGACGCCCGACGACGUUGUGUACGUCAGUCUUGGCGAUCCCAUCAUUUUGAGCUGUCUGGCUGAAGGAACACCUGUUCCCGAGAUUCUUUGGUAUCGAGAUAACGAGCUAGUGCAAACCUCGCCCUCUCUAGCUGUGGCUAACGAUGGCACCGAGCUGCGGAUUUCAAGUAUACGGCAGGAAGACAUCGGCGACUACACGUGUGCAGCCAAGAAUGGCCAAGGAAGUGUGCGCCAUAGCACGAAACUCGUCGUGGCUGGAGGGGCAGUUAUAAUUGUUCCACCAUUGAACGUUACAAGACUGGAGGGUGACAAGCUGGAAAUGCCGUGUGAAGCUCGAGGCCUUCCUGGCAACUUUAGCGUUACGUGGUUUCGCGAAAACCAUGCUGUGCGCUCGAUUCCGUGGCUCGAGUCGCGUACUCUGCUUAAAAGAGACGGUACCCUGGUCAUCAGCCCCGUUCAUUCUGACGAUCGGGGACUCUAUUCGUGUGAAGUCACCAAUGGGAUUGGCGAUCCGCAGAGAGCUUCGGCCUACAUAGAAGUCGAAUAUCCAGCUCGCGUGACGUUUACCCCAACGGUUCAGUAUCUUCCAUUACGACUAUCGGGCGUAAUCCGGUGCCACGUCGAGGCUCAUCCACCUUUCCAAUUCAUCACAUGGACUAAGGACAAGCGUAUAUUCGAUCCGUUUGAAAUGCCAAACGUUGGAGUACUAAAAAACGGCUCGUUGCUUUUUGAAAAAGUGACACAAGAAAAUCAAGGUCGUUACACGUGUACACCGUACAACGUGCAUGGUACGGCAGGUUCGUCUGCUGUUAUGGAAGUACUUGUCAGGGAGCCGCCAACAUUCGUGACUAGACCCAAGUCGGUCUACCAGCAUAAAAUCGACGACGACGUGCAAAUGGCCUGUGAGGCCCAAGGAACUCCCAGUCCACGCGUCACUUGGAGAAGAAUGGACGGGCGGUCUCUUCCCCGUGACCGCACCCGGGAGGAACUGGGCGUAUUAACAUUGAGCAAACUUCGUCGCACGGAUUUCGGCUAUUACGAAUGUCAUGUCUCAAACGAGGUGGCUACGUUGGUGGCCACUGCUCAUCUCGUCAUUGAAGGCACCACGCCCCAUGCUCCUUACAAUAUUACCACAGUGUCCAGUGAAUUUUCCGUCAGCCUUGAGUGGCUUCCAGGCUACAGUGGUGGAUCCGAUUACUCUCAAAACUAUGUCAUUUGGUAUCGACAAGAAGGUGCUACCCAGUGGAUUCCUGUAGACGUUGAUCCACCAGCCAACACGAAAACGGUCAUUCACAAUCUACAACCAGGAACGUCUUACGAGUUCCAGGUCAUUGGCAAGAACAUCUUAGGGGACGGUAUGUUCAGCAAUAUCGUCAAGGAACGCACUAAAGGGCAAAGGCCUCCUGAUCCACCACCUCCGGGUCCUAGUCGAGCGACCACUUCACCGGCCCCAUCGAAUAGCGGAGAUUCUGACGAACUGCGGAAGUACAAUGUGAUCGUUUACCCAACGGAUGCUCGUGGGUCUACAUACAUUCCUGCUUUGUUUCGCCCAACAGUACUUGGUGUUGGUGCCCACCCCCCCAUAGCACCAGAGAACGUAACACUGACAGAAACGUCCGAUGGAGUGGUACUUUCAUGGAGCUAUCCGCGCCGAGGAAAUAUAGCCAUUGCGUAUUUCACUGUGGAUUACUGCUACGACGAACAAUGGAGGCGGCUGAGCAAGACAGAGCUCAAACCCACAGAAACUUAUUUUCAAGUAAAAAAUCUGAGUCCCGGGAAGACCUACGUGUUCCGGAUUAACUCACAUACGUUGACAAGCCAGGCCUCCAGUGAGAAAGUUACGUACAUAAUUCAGCGCAAAAUCAAAGAUAAAGCCAUCACAGCUGGCAUUGUCGGGGGAAUUCUUUUCUUCAUUGUGGCUAUCAUCUUGGCCGUCUGCACCGUAAAAUGUGUCAACAAGAGGAACAAGAGACGAAGACGUGAACAAGAAAAUGCUUACAGCAUGGUGGCCUGUCAAAUGUCAGCAGAUACUCGAAAUGGCUGUCAGUCGGGCUCUGCCAAGUCGGUGCCUUCCAGAAAAGGAUGGAUUGGCCGACUGCCCUCUAUAACGCGGCUGUCAACUGUGAAGCGAGGAGCGGCCUCUAUCCGCCAUAUUUUGCAUAUUUGUCCAGUGAAGUUGCGGGAGCAAGAGCAAGAAGGGAGAAGAGCGUCAACAGCAACGUGGUCAGGGACAGCCAACCUGCAAUCUGGAUCUGAAACGACUAGCAGGGAGGCUGCUGAUUGGCUCGAGUACGGUGCGGCUGAAUUGCAGACACGGAACGCCAGACGGCGUUUGCAGGCUAGAUACAACGUCCAGGCUGAAUUUAUCCAACCGGCUGGGUGGAUUUCCCGAACACCGGAGGGCAAGUUCGUAGUCGAAAAUGAAGGUAGUCAACCGACCCGUCCAAUCUACGGCUACGGCUCAUCAGUCACAAGUCCCGUGGUGGAAAGCGGUGUUUACCGGAUUGGUGGCGACCGUCUUAUUUGGCCACGGCCAAAGCCAAUCUUGCGCAGGGAACUCAGCCCAGUACCACCCUAUGGCCGGCCGCUACCUUCAAUGAUGUCGCAACCAGUUGCUUAUUCGGCAGCAAUGUUACGUGAUCCUACCGUUAUCUCUCCCCAGUUCGGACGCCAUACUAUCCCACUCCAGCCAUCUCCUGCUGCGCAUAUGUUACCUACCAGCCGUCACGGAGCUAUUCGAUCAAGUUCGCCAGGUCCGGGACUGUUGCUGUCACCCUCAUUGGCAAAUUUUAGCGACAUGAGUUCAGUUCAUCAGCCCAGCUCGGCAGACCGGUCUUUACAUACCACUCGUUCGUCACGCUUUUCCUCUUUUCAGAAACAACCUACACCAGAUUUGCCUCCGCGCCAAAAACGCAGAAUCAAUCAGUUUUUCCCAGACGCUGCCGUUCUAUCCUCUUCUGGAUCACCAAGUCAGUACACACGCGAGCUUCCUUCGUUGCUUCCGAUUCAUCAGCAGCUGGUUGCCCACCAAUCACCGCGGGAAACCUCACCUCCGCUAGAACAGAUGCGUACUGUCCGCGCCGAAGUUCACUCGACUGAAACACCACGCAGUGCAUCAAAGCAAAGGGUUCAAAACGAAUUCGGCUUGCUCCUAAAUACCGCUGGAAGACAUUUUCACGCUCCGCCUCCUUUCCGACCGCCUCCACCACCUGCUUACCACCAGCUUCCUUACACAAUUUCGUACCCACCGUCUUUGCAGCGCCCAUUGGCUACGAGUUCACCGCCCCGAAGUCGUCUUUUCCCUGUCGGUUCUGCGCCCUUUCCUCCUGGCCAUUACUCUCGACGUAGUGAUGAUCCGCUCGGUUCACCCAGGCGACGCUCACCUCUAACCAUAGCAGUUCGUUUAAGUCCAUCUCGGACGCAACAGAGAUUGAGUGAGAGAAGUCGUAAUCAAAUCGUUGAGUACUCUCCACAAAGCCAAUCAAGUUCAAGUGGAUUCGACAGUAAAAACACGUCUCAACAAAAUCAGAGUUCGCAAUCUGGAUCCGGACAGUCGCAACUGGUGCCCACUGACUCUUCUACGGCACUAUGGGGGAUGUCUCCACACAGCCAAGUGACUUCGGGUGAAUCUACCUACGUCAACUGGCCAGUUAAAGGACUAGCAACAGCUUCUUUCUCUUUGCUUGAUGCAAGUGUCGACAAUCACUACGAAUUCGAUACAACGCAAAGUCCAAACGAGACGGGACAGCAGGAUUCGACACUUCAUUCGGCCACUUUCAUUUCACCUCCUACAGGCAAAUCUGUUGAUGUACCUGCAGACUCUUCCGGACCUGGACCAGGACGACAUAGAAAAGCUGGACCAAUAUCGGCCCGAUCAGAAAAUAUUGAAGCCAGAGUUCAGGCCAUGAAGGAAGAAUUUCAGGAAUACCGAAAGCGAAGGGCUCGGGGUCUUCUCGAAAGUGCGUGUUAACUUGCUGUUCUUAAAUAAUGACUGAUGUUUGUGUUACUUUAUUUAUUCGUUUAAUUUUAAUAACGAAUGCCAGAUAAAGAAGAAAACGAAUACUCAUUACUUUCAAGUUAGGCUUCAUUCCACGAUCGCUGCAUUCCGCAUCCUAAUUCCUCCAAAGUCUCAAUUCCUUGCUACUAUUGAACGCAAACGUAUACCUUGUAACAAUGUGUGCAUGCAUUUCGUACAUAAAAACUCGAUUCACAAAUUUGCGUGGCAAGGGCCCUAAACGUACCGCCUCGUCGUGAAGGUUGGAUCACAUUAGGCAGAAACAUAAAAUCCAUGAUACGAGUGAAUGUCAUUGCGUAGAUUUUCCACUGCCAAUUGCUACUGUAAUUAAAUUCAGAUAACCUUCGCUCGCGUUCAAAUUCAUCCAAAAUUGAUUACAGAUUAACCAGCUUCAUAUGUAGUACAUCAGAUUAUAAAUAGAGCGCCAUUUCCACGGGAGGAGACCGUGGCAAAAUGAGAAGAAAUGGUCGCUCGCCUGGUCUCAUAUUUUACAUAGUCUUCUCUUUCGAUUUAGCACACUUCCUCACUUCAGUUUCAGUUCUCUUUUGAUUAAAAUUUAAAUGAAGAUUUCAGUUUUCUUUUGAACGCAAUUUUGAUGGAAGAGUUGUCGUCAUUGUCUUUGACUACGUAUGUGCGUGAAAAUUUGCGACUGAAAUAACCAUGUUUGAUAUGAUACAUCUGGUGUUACAGCUUGUGGGAAUGACACCCUAGAAUAUAAAUACUCUUGUUUCAUGCCAGAUUCCUGUUUCUCUAUUUAAAGCAGAAACUUUGAUGAUUGGUUCUGUAACCUUACUUGGUUUCUUCCAGUACAAAUUGAAGGCUUGUCUCACCCUU